AUGUCUCAAGGAUCAUUUAUUUUAUUUAGUAAACAUGUGGUUUUCGGUCAUGUUGUUGCUGGCCAAUCCGUAGUUGAUGAAAUUGAAAAUUUACCUGUUGAUUCAAAUAAUAGUCGACCAUUGAAAGAUGUUGUUAUAUCUCAUUGCGGUCAAUUAGUACUUAUUUCAAAAAAUAAUAAACAAAAAAAACGUAAAAUUUCUACAGGAGGUGAAAGUGAUAAUCACGCGGAGAGUGGAAGUGAUUCAUCGUCGUCAGAUGAUCAGAAAAAGAAAAAGAAAUCGAAACAUAAAAAGAAAGAAAAACAUCGACGAAAGAAAGAAGAUAAGCGUCUAGCAAAACUUGCUGCUGCUGCUGCUGCCGCUGAAGAAGAAAAUGAAUCUGAUCAACAAUUAAAUAAAACAGAUGAAAAAUCUAAUGAAUUAUCUGGACGAGAUAUGAUGGGUCUAAAAACAACAAUUGAUCCUGAUGAAAUACCUGAAAUACCUGCACAUAAAUUUCUUCUUCGACCUAAUGCAAAUGAUAAUAAUGAAACAACAAAUACUCGUACAAAUAAUAAUCGUUCAUCGAAAAAAAUUGAUUCAAGUGGUCGCCCAGUUAAAGGCCGUGGCUUUAUGAGAUAUACUGGCAAAAGUCGUUCAAGAUCACGUACACCACCACAUUGGCGUCAUGCUAUUGAAGAUCGUAACCGUUUUUCUGAUAGAAAUGAAUUUCGUAAACAGGAUAUAAAUGAAAAUAUUGAAAAUGAUCAUAAACGUAAACGUGUUGAUGAAGAAAAACAUGAUAAUAAUCGAGAAGAUCGAUAUUCACGUCGAAACGAUAGACGAAAAGAUGAUCAUCGUUCAAGUGAAUCAUCACGACAUAAAUAUCAACGUAAAUCAACAAGUCCUGAUCAACAACAACAACGAUCAAAUAAUAUUAAACAAAAAGAAAAUGAUACAUCGAAUAUUAUUCGAAAAACACCUUCACCAUCAAAUCGUCAUUCUUCACGAAAUCGUUCACCAUUAUCAUCAUCAACAAAUGAUCAACAUCAAAAGAAAGAUUCUCGAUCACAUCGUCGUCAUCAUUCUCCAUCACCAAUUCAUGAUCAACAUUCAACGAAGGAAACUCGAUCACGUCAACAACCAUCAUCUCAUAGUAGUUAUCAUCGUCGUUCAAAAACACCACCACCACCACCCUCUCGUGUUCGUUCACCAUCACCAAUAAUCGAGAAGAAAGAUUCUCGAUCAUUUGUUCGUCGUUCGAAAAGUCCACCACCAUCUCGUGUUCGUUCGCCAUCACCAGUGAUUGAAAAGAAGGAUUCUCGAUCAUUUAUUCGUCGUUCAAAAUCUCCACCACCACCCUCUCGUGUUCGUUCACCAUCACCCAUCAUCGAGAAGAAAGAUUCUCGAUCCUUUGUUCGUCGUUCGAAAAGUCCUCCACCUUCUUCAUUUCGAAUUCGUUCACCAUCUCCAAAGAUUGAUCAACAUAAAACAAAAGAUUCUUUUCGUUCACGUCAUCGUCAUUCAAAAACUCCACCAUCUUCUUCUACUCGUGCUCGUUCACCAUCACCUGUGAUUGAACAACGUGAAAACAAGGACUCUCAUUCACGUCUUCGCCGGUCAAAAACUCCACCACCUUCAGGGUCUCGUGUUCGGUCACCUUUACCAGUCAUUGAUAAAAAUGAAAAUAAUAUAUCUCAAUCACAUCAGCAAGAAAAUACAAAUACAGCACCAUCUUCAUCAACAAAACGACGUAAACGUUGGGAAAACGAAGAAGAAUUUAAUGAACGUCAAACAUUAGCACAAGCAGCGCAACGUACAAGUCUUGAAGAUGAAUUACGUAUGAUUGCGCAAUCAAGUGCAGAACAACUUGAACCAUCAAAUCAAUUUACUAACAUUCCAGCACAAUCACAAGGAUCAACAACUAUUGCUAGUAAAUCAAAAUGGGAUGAUGAAGAUGAUAUAUCAUCAAAAGAAAAGGUUAAUCAUCCAAAAGUAACACCAACUAUUACUCAAAAAACUGAAAUACGAUUACCAACUAAUAAACAACAGGAGAAAACAUCAUCAAGUCGUGAUCGAGAUAGACGUGAAAAUUAUUCAUCACAAACUAGUAAUAAUCGAGAUCGAGAUCGCGAUCGUGAUCGAGAAAAACAUUCGUCUCAAACUAGUAGUAAUCGUGAUCGCGAUCGUGAUCGAGAAAAUCAUAAUCGUCAACCUAGUGGAAAUCGUCGAAAACAUUCACCAUCACCACCACCACCACCAUCAUCAUCAAAUCGUGAUCGUAAUUAUGAUAGAAACAGAGGUCAAGGUCGUGAUUAUCAUCAGCGUACCAGUGAUCGCGAACGAAGUGAUCGUCGUCGUAGUCCUGAUCGUCCUUCACAUUCGGACACAUCCACUCGACAAAAACCAAAACAACGAUCAUCUAGUUCAAGUUCAUCAUCAUCAUCAUCGUCGUCAUCAUCAUCACGUAGUUCAUCUGGAUCACAUAAAGAACGUAAUCGAACUUCACCUAUUCAAUCAAGUGAACAAAGAAAAAUGAAAACUGUACCAUUAUCUUCUGUAUAA